AUGCUUUGGCUUGAUCCAAGACUGUCUUGGGAUCCAUCAAUGAAUGGAGACAUUCAAAUGAUUUAUGUGGAUUGUAUUGAGGUUUGGCUGCCCGAUGAGGUCAUCGUUUCGAGUAUUCAAAUUCGAGAAAUCGAUGCCGGCAAGAAGCAUGAGUGCAAAAUUUACGCAAACGGAACAGUGGAACAUGAUAGAACAGCUAUUUUGGACACUGCUUGCAUGCUAGAUAUGCGAAUUUUCCCGUUUGACUAUCAAGCUUGUCAGGUCAGCUAUUCGUCUCAAGUUUAUCGAUGGGCAGAGAUACAACUUAGUGCCGAAUUGUACACCAAAUAUGAUUCGAAUUGUAUGACGUCAAAUUUUGAGUUCGACGUCCUCAAUCUGACGAUUGUUCGAACAAAAUGCGAUAAAGGAAAUGGGAGAGAGCCCUUCAAUACGGUAGAU